GACUGGAAUGCUCGCCAUGGCCUGGUUGGGCAGUUGAAGUCAUUCUGUCAUCACCAUAGUUAUGAGAGUCUAGUCAUAGUCUCAUCUCGCCAAAGUGACCCUCGCCAUCCAUGCCAGCAGGUGGCAGUGUACUCGGACAACUCUGACAUUCUCAAUCAGGUAUGUGUUCUUUUACAUCAGGCAUAGUGAGAUAGACACCACAGGAGGUUGGUGGCACCUUAAUUGGGCAGAACGGGAUAGUGGUAAUGGCUGGAGUGGAAUAAUUGGAAUGGUAUCAAAUACAUCAAACACAUGGUUUCCAUGCUCCAUUCCGGCCGUUAUUAUGAGCCGUUCUGCCCUCAGCAGCCUCCUGUGAUAGACACAUCACCUAGUACACACAUCACGUAGUAGAGACAUAUACACACAUCACAUAGUAGAGACAUAUACACACAUCCCCUAGUAGAGACAUACAGUGCCUUCAGAAAGCACUCAUACCCCUUGACGUAUUCCACAUUUUGUUGUGUUACAGCCUGAAUUCAAAAUGGAUUAAACUGAUAUUUUUUUCUCACCCAUCUACACACAAUACCCCAUAAUGACAAAGUGAAAACAUGUUUUUAGACAUUUUUGCAAAUUCAUUCAAAAUGAAAUACAGAAAUAUCUAUUUUGCAUAAGUAUUCACACCCCUUUGCUAUGACACUCCAAAUUGAGCUCAGGUGCAUCCAAUUUCUUUUGGUCAUCCUUGAUCACUACAAAUUCAUUGGAGUUCAAUUGUUUGGACAUGAUUUAGAAAGAAACACACCUGUCUAUAUAAGGUCCCACAGUUGACAGUGCAUAUCAGAGCAGAAACUAUACCAUGACGUCUAAGGAACUGUCCGUAGAGCUCUGAGAUUGUAACGAGGCAUAUAUCUGGGGAAGGGUCUAAAACAAUUUCUAGAGUAUUGAAAGUGUCCAAGAGCACAGUGGUCUCCAUCAUUGGGAAAUUGAAAAAAUAUGGAACUACCCAGACACUGCCUAGAGCUGGCCGUCCGGCCAAACUGAGCAACCAGGCAAGAAGGACCUUGGUCAGGGAGGUGACCAAGAACCUAAUGGCUGAGAUGGGAGAAGUGGCCAGAUGGAAGCCACUCCUGAGAAAAAGGCAUGACAGCACACCUGGAGUUUGCAAAAAGUUACUUGAAAGACUCAGAGAUCAUAAGGCAAAAUAUUCUGUGGUCUAAUGAGAGGGCUAUGGCCUAAAUGCAAAGCGCUAUGUCAGGAAAAAAACACCCGUCUAACACCAUCCCUACUGUGAAGCAUGGUAAUAAUAAUAAUAAUAAUAUGCCACUUAGCAGUGGCAGCAUCAUGCUAUGGGGAUGCUUUUCAGCGGCAGGGACUGGAAGACUGGUAAGGAUAGAGGGAACAAUGAAUGGAGCCAAACACAGGCAAAUCCUUGAUGAGAACCUAGUUGAUACAGACAUACCCUAGUUGACUCAAAUCUGUAAUCACCGCCAAAGAUGUUUCUAGAAAGUAUUGACUCAGGGGUGUAAAUACUUAUGUAAAUGAGAUAUAUCUGUAUUUCAUUUUCAAUACAUUUGCAAAAAUAAUAAUAAUAUGUUUUCACUUCGUCAUUACAGGGUAUUGUGUGUAGAUGGGUGAUAAUUAAUUAAUUUAGAAUCAAUUUUGAAUUCAGGCUGUAACACAACAAAAUGUGGAAUAAGUCAAGGGGUAUGAAUACUUUCUGAAGGCACUGUAUACACACAUUACCUACCAGAGAGAUAGACACACAUCACCUACCGGAGAGAUUAACACAAACAUAACCUAAUAGAGAGAUAUGCACACACAUCACCCAGUAAAGAUAUAUACAAACAUAUUUGCAGUGUAUGUUGGAAAUAAUAUAAAUACAUUGACAUUUGAAAGUGAAAAAGUUAAUCACUUGUAUUGAACAUUUCUGUUUAAAUAACAUCAAAAUGGAACAGAUUUCAUUUUGGCCUUGGCCAUGCCAAAGCAUUUUUUACACCAUGUCAUCAUUCCACUUGUUGUUCCGGUUCUGUUCCAGAUCUGCUGUGAGCUGGAGGAGUCAGCGAGCUCCUCUCUGGGGCUGGAGCCUGUGGACUGUCUCCAGGGCUCCCAGGGCUCCCAAGGCUCCCUGCAGCUCUACCACCACAAGGCCCUGGCAGACUCACCUGGAGGUCUGGGACCCCUGGUCAUGGAGUUCCUCAAGGAGUUCAUGGAGCGCCGGUGCCGCUUGUUAACCUGCGCCCCCACCAGCAGGACCUCCUCCACGGAGGGCGUGGCAGGCAGCGCCCCGCUGUCCCAGGGCUCCUCGGGCUUCACCGACAUGUACGGCUCUGACGUGGAGAGGCUCGAGGGCCCCAUUGCCGUGGCGAUGCCUGGUGACGUGGGUGCCGACCUGGUGAGCCCGGACAGCGGCCUGGCAACCAUCCGCAGCAGCCGCUCCUCCAAGGAGAGCUCCGUGUUCCUAAGCGAUGACAGCCCGGUAGCCGAGGCAAUGGCCGGGGGUUUCCUCCUGAACCCGGCACUCGGGUUCCCCUCCCUGUCCCCCAUCCCGCAUGAGAGGAGACACUCAAGCAGGAACAGGAGCGGCGACAACUUUGAGCUGUUCAGCUUCGACCCACUGCACUGCAGUAACGCCUCUCCACCUGCAGAAGAUGCAGUGCUGCGCUCCUCUCGAGGUACAGGAGGCCAUGGCAGCUCCAGCCUGUCUGAGUUUGACGAGCUGAGCAUGGUGGAUUUCUACACCCCUGAUUCGUCAGCUGGGCAUGGAGGUUUGGUGGGGAGCGACUUGAUUGGGGGAGGAGCUCUGAUGGACCAGAGUGUGAACAGGGUCCCUCCCACUCCUGUCAACAGCCUUGUGGGUAGCAGCACUCACAGUGGCACAGAGGUCUGCUUCUUUCCAGAGGACGUCGCUCAGAGAAUCAACGGGCUGCAGCACAAAGAGAGCGUAUCCUCGUCAGAGGCAUGGGAUGACUUUGGCUUGGAUACUAAGGGCUCCACCUCAGAUGACGCCAACACGUGGAGCCUGACAGAGGCUGGGUUUGUCUGCACAGAUUGUCCUAACCCUGACAUUGAUCUGGAGGGACUGAGAGAGGACAAGGACAGCGGAGGAGGAAGAGGAGAAGGAGAUGUUAGGAAUGCUAAGCCGCGAGAAGAGAAGGAUGUCUGUUCCAAACCAGUGGAGAGACAGCUCACCCUUGUGAAUGAGUACAUAGAACCCUACGAGACCUGGAACCCUGACUCAGGCUUCACAGAACCAUGGCAGCCAGUGACACUGGGCGAUCUGCAGCUCACUCCUCCGGACGAAGAGAACAGAGAAGGGAAGCUCCUUCAAAGUCACAUCACGUGCACAGUCCCGUGUGGUAGGAAAAAAGCGAGAGGCUCUGGCCACUCUCACGCCAGAGACCUCGAAGGAGGAAGAGGAUGGUCUAGUCAGGAAGGCCACAGAGCUGGACUUCUGGACCUACACAGCCCAGAAGGGAUUUCUCAAAUCGGACAGUGCGACCAGCACCACCAGCGUCACGACAGCGUCCUACCCAGAGUCUCUGGACCUAUGGAACAUGACAAUCCACGAAGACAGCCAAUCCACGCUCACUACCCCAGACAUGGCCGACCUAUCGGAGCGGUCGGACUCCUGCGGGCUCCCUGCGCUGGGAACAUCCUUGGAGAGUCCACUGGGUGUGUCUAGCGAGGGGAUGGACAUGUGGAACACCACCAUACAGGAAGACAGCGCUUCCAUGGCAACCAGUCCGGAGGACGCUGGGACUGGGAGGGAGGAGCUUACUGGCAUGGAGCCCUGGGAGGCAGAGCCUGGGACAGACCUAAGGCAACAGGAGGGGGAGGGGAGAUAUUCAGAAGAAGCCUCUCCACUACAAGAGAAUGUAAAGAGGCAGGCCCAGAGAGUUCAGAUAGUCAUCAAAGGAGACGAGGGGAAAAUAUGUCCCCAAUCAGGGCAUGAUGAUCACAUGAUGACAGAGAAUCAAAUUACACAGGAUCAAAUUCCGGGGGCCAUGCUCGUCCCCGUCCCCAACAUGGUGACGUCUACCUCUGAGUAUGAUAACAUAGGAGAAGGAGGCGUCUGGAGUCAGCCCUCCUCCCCUGACCUCCAGGCCAGCCCUGGAACAGACACUACUGAACUGAUCCAAGGUCAGUCCAGCCCUUUUAUAGCAGUGCUAAAUCCAGAAUCAAGUGGAAGCACCACUGAACAUCAGGCGUCCAUUGUGAAAGGCAACAGUGAUUAUAGCGGGUCAACAACGACAGGCAUUGAACAGUUGACUGUCCAGUGUUCCACUGGCAGACAGGUGUUCCUAUUCGACGGAACCUCUGGACUGGGCCACGGGACCAGAAAUGGGCAGCUUCCAGUUCCAGGGGGCCACUCUGUGGAGAGCAAGUAUGACAACAGAGGGCAGGGGUCUGAGGCAUCGGAGGGCCCAGAUUGGACAGAGGACCUGAGUAGCCAUUCCCCAUUCGUGCUGGUGGACGAUGGCUCCUCCCCCACAGAGAGUGACGUCUUGCCUCUGAGUCACAGGGAGGAGCCAGUCACUGAGCUAAACUUUGACCAAACAUGGAAAGAUCCAGCCACAACCCAGACUCAACCCUCUGCAACCCCAAAGCUUGACAGUUGGGACCACCUAUCCACCCCUGUUGUGAAACCAGGUGAUUCUGAAUCGCCACCAAAUGGCGCAUCAUCCCUCCAGUGGACUACUAAGGUGAUCUAUCCGGAUGGGGGACCUCAUCAUAUGGAAGAUAGUAGCACUAUGGAUGCUAUGUCACUGAGCUCCAGCUCAGGGGAAAAAGACAGGCUCAAGCCCAGCCCAGAUAGCCUUCCUCCCGGGAGCCGCGAGGAUGUCAGGUCCAACUCAGACGGAGACUCCUCAUCGGGCCUGGAAAUGGACUACAUCAUUGUGUCAGGGACGGUCAGAGAGAGUGAUAGAGAGAGGAAGGAUGAUUAUAGAGAGAGGAAUGUAACCAAAGACUGUGAUAGAGGCAGGAGGGAGGGGUCUACAUCCUUAGAGACAUAUAGCAUGCUCUCUUAUGUGGCUACUUUUCUCCAAUCCGGCACAGCCUCUCACAGACAUCCCGAAGAAAACAAUGAGCUAAAUAGGCAUGAUCUAACAAACAUAGAUAUCCACAGCCCAUACUGCUCAGUUGCAGGUGACAAUCCUAUUUCACCUAUUCACACAGACGUAGACCACUCUACCGAAGCCAACGCAAAUGGGAUUGGUUUCUUUCAAAGCUCACACGCAACCAACCAAAGGUACUCCGAAACAGCCGCCUCUUAUCUUGUAAGCCCUCAAAUCCAAGUAACCACAGAGAUAAGCGACCGUGGCCAAUCAGACACCAAUCGGUCAAGCCUCCACAAGUCAGAGAUGAGAGUGGCGGGCCUCGAUAGUUCGGACGUGGAUGAGGACAGCUAUGAUGGCCAGACGAACGCCAAAGUUGUAAAAAGUAGCAGCGCCUCCCUGAGAUACCCAGCAGAACAACCACUUCUUCAAAGCCAGGGAGGAGGUCUACGUCCACUCUCAGAUCUCUCUGGAGGACUCAGACGAGGGCGGGCUCUCCCCCUCCGCCGCCACAUGUCCCUCCCAACGGAGCCAGGCCUGGGGCUCUCUGCUGAGGGAACAAGACGACCAGCAGCGGCAGCACGCCAUCCCCCAGUCUCCCCUCCCCCUCACAGACAGCUCACCAUCCCCAUUGGGGGACAGCUCGUUGAUGGGCACUCCCGAUAACCAAUCAGGUGGUCCCUCUCCUGUCCAAGAGGUGGGGCUUCCGUUCUCAGGCGACCUCAUGGACAAGGAGGAGGAGGAGUUUGGAAUGGACCCUCCCAGUUGGGACGCAGGUGAGGAGAUGGAGAAAGGAGGAUGUGGGGUGAUACACAGCCACACCCAUGCACCAAACCCUGGGCCUACCGAUGAGCUACUGGAGAAUAGUGAGCAUCCGUGUGGAGGUCAUUUCUCAGAGGAUGGAGAUAGACUGACAGCACAGCCAAUGAUUGACAGGUUCUCGCAGGGUCAGGUUGACUUUGCAGCUGAGCAACCAAUGAGAAAUCAGCCCCGAAGACCUUUACAGGGCCUUGAAGACCUGUUAGUCAAUCAUAAAAGGGGAGGUUAUGGAGAUGAUUUUGAAGAAGCCGACUCAUCUGAUCUGGGGUAAGUAAUAUCUAUAAAGUAACAUACAGUAUAUUGCACACUGUACAAUUGUUUGCAUAAAUGAGAGUUAUGGUGUUUCUUUGUGUAUGCCCUUAGACCAUCCUGCCUUUUCAAUGGGUUUCGGAGUGUGUAUGGGUCUCUAAACAGCUGCUGGGUAUUUGUAAAGUAGCACAGACUGUGGAAGCAGAGUUAAAAGCUCUCAGGAGAGUGAGAUGGUGUGUUCUAUGUGAGAGAAGAAUGGGGUGGGUGGAGGGGGUAGAGAGGGGAUAUUGCACCCGUGUGGCCUCAUACCCCUCUCCAGCAUGAACAGAGCUUUUGAAGAUGAAACAAGGGAUCCCUGUGUGUGUGUGUGUGUGUUUGUUGCGCCAGACUUUGAUCUCAGCCCUGGGUGUGUUUAUAAAUCUGUUUACGCCUCAUUAAAUAUGCAUUACCUGCCUCAUUACAGAUGUAUCCCCACCACAGCUAAUGGAGCCAGCUCCCCUCUGUCUUACACAAGGUGUGUGUGAGAAUCUGUAUUUGCACUCUUUAGUGGACAUGAGAAUGACUGACAGUCAGUGAUUAUUACAUGUUUGCUAUGUAUUUUCAUCUGUUUUGUAAUUUUUCUCCCUUCAGACUUGAAGAUGUUGCAACCCAGCCUUGGAACCAGCAAUCCAGCGAGAGUGUUCCUCACCAGUGGACAGCAAGUCAGGACCAAGCCAACAACAGUUACACCCAGUAUGGAUAUGGCCACACUGACCACCACACACAUACUGAUCAUCCAUCUGUGGACUACCAUGAGACUGAAGACCAUGCCUACCACCAAACCCACGACCAUGCUGAAGAUAAGAGAGAUGAUGGCCUCAGCCAACACUAUGAGGCUAAAGGACAUACUUCUACUUCCUACUACUACCAUACUGAAGGCAAUGGCCAAGACCGGUCUGAUGACUAUAGCCAUUAUGAGAGUGAAGGCCAGGCCCACUGGGAGGCUGAACGUCAAGACCACUCCAGAACUCCUGAAGAGCCAAAUGACCCCACGGGCAACGCUAAGUGUCUUCUUGAAGACCAUGCCCAUUAUGAGACUGAAGAGCAGACCCAGUAUGUUCCUGAUGACUAUGCCCACUUUCUACUCUCCAGGUACGUUCUUUACUAGCCUCCUCCUAGAUCUGUUUGUGCUGUCUUGGUUGGCAUGGAAAUGACCAUAGGAGUACAAACAUAUCUAGGACCAAUUACAAUUCCAUAUUUUAACAGAUCUGAGUUUAAAUAGUAUUUGUUGUCUUUUGAGAAUCCCUCAAGUAUUCAGUAUCUAAUUCUUAAUUUUUUUCCCCAACCUUUAUUGACUACAUUAGAAUAGGCUGGAGACUAGGGAGGAGACAUUGAGCUGCAGUAUUGUGUAUUACCACAGGAGUGCAGUACAGAUUCAUACUGAACCAAUAGGACAACAGUGUGAUAGUGUGUGAUGGUGGUCCCGAGUCGAGGUGUAUGUUUGGGACUGUGUUUUAGUGAUGGGGUAAAAAAUCAAGACAUUUACAUAUUGGGAUAUUAUUUUUGACGCUAUAUCGUAUUGUUUUGUUUUGACAAUAUCACAAUAUUAUUUUUGCGCUAGUUGGCUGUACCUGCACCAAAACAGUAUUUUUCCUUCAUAGCUUGUUCUCCAUCUUCUUUUUAAAUAAGGAGCCAAUUUGUUUUCAGCACUUUUAUUUCCAUGACUGAUCAAAACUCGUUAUCUCAUAGCUCUCUCUUGUCCCUCUGCAGCAGACAUACAGUUGAAGUCAGAAGUUUGCAUAAACUUAGGUUGGAGUCAUUAAAUCUCGUUUUUCAAACACUCCACAAAUUUCUUGUUAACAAACUAUCGUUUUGGCAAGUCAUUAGGACAUCUACUUUGUGCAUGACACAAGUACUUUUUCCAACAAUUGUUUACAGACAGAUUAUUUCACUUAUAAUUCACUGUAUCACAAUUCCAGUGGGUCAGAAGUUUACAUACACUAAGUUGACUGUGCCUUUAAACAGCUUGAAAAAUUCCAGAAAAUGAUGUCAUGGCUUUAGAAGCUUCUGAUAGGCUAAUUGACAUCAUUUGAGUCAAUUGGAGGUGUACCUGUGGAUGUAUUUCAAGGCCUAACUUCAAACUCAGUGCCUCUUUGCUUGACAUCAUGGGAAAAUCAAAAGAAAUCAGCCAAGACCUCAGAAAAAUAAUUGUAGACCUCCACAAGUCUGGUUCAUUCUUGGGAGCAAUUUUCAAACACCUGAAGGUACCACAUUCAUCUGUACAAACAAUAGUACGCAAGUAUAAACACCAUGGGACCACGCAGCCGUCAUACCGCUCAGGAAGGAGACGCGUUCUGUCUCCUAGAGAUGAACGUACUUUGGUGUGAAAAGUGCAAAUCAAUCCCAGAACAACAGCAAAGGAUCUUGUGAAGAUGCUGGAGGAAACAGGUACAAAAGUAUCUAUAUCCACAGUAAAACGAGUCCUAUAUCGACAUAACCUGAAAGGCCGCUCAGCAAGGAAGAAGCCACUGCUCCAAAACCGCCAUAAAAAAGCCAGACUACGGUUUGCAGCUGCACAUGGGGACAACGAUCGUACUUUUUGGAGAAAUGUCCUCUGGUCUGAUGAAAGAAAAAUAUAACUGUUUGGCCAUAAUGACCAUCGUUAUGUUUGGAGGAAAAAGGGGGUAGCUUGCAAGCCGAAGAACACCAUCCCAACCGUGAAGCACGGGGGUGGCAGCAUCAUGCUGUGGGGGUGCUUUGCUGCAGGAGGAACUGGUGCACUUCACAAAAUAGAUGGCAUCAUGAGGAAGGAACAUUUUGUGGAUAUAUUGAAGCAACAUCUCAAGACAUCAGUCAGGAAGUUAAAGCUUGGUCGCAAAUGGGCCUUCCAAAUGGACAAUGACCCCAAGCAUACUUCCAAAGUUGUGCCAAAAUGGCUUAAGGACAACAAAGUCAAGGUAUUGGAGUGGCCAUCACAAAGCCCUGACCUCAAUCCUAUAGAAAAUGUGUGGGCAGAACUGAAAAAGCAUGUGCGAGCAAGGAGACCUACAAACCUGAUUCAGUUACACCAGAUCUGUCAGGAGGAAUGGCCCAAAAUUCACCCAACUUAUUGUGGGAAGCUUGUGGAAGACUACCCGAAACGUUUGACCCAAGUUAAACAAUUUAAAGGCAAUGCUACCAAAUACUAAUUGAGUGUAUGUAAACUUCUGACCCACUGGGUAUGUGAUGAAAGAAAUAAAAGCUGAAAUAAAUCAUUCUCUCUACUAUUAUUCUGACAUUUCACAUUCUUAAAAUAAAGUGGUGAUCCUAACUGACCGAAGACAGGGAAUUUUUACUAGGAUUAAAUGUCAGGAAUUGUGAAAAACUGAGUUUAAAUGUAUUUGGCUAAGGUGUAUGUAAACUUCUGACUUCAACUAUAUAAUGAGCAAUAUGUUUGGAACAUCGAAUCGCAAUAAAAUCACACUACCAAAUUGCAAUACAUAUAGAAUCGUGAGAAUCGCAAUACAUAUUGUAUCGGCACCUAAGUAUCGUGAUAAUAUCGUAUCGUGAGGUCCCUGGCAAUUCCCAGCCCUAGUGUGUUUACAUGUAUGUGUUUUUGAGGCUGUGUCAUUGCCCCAAAUUUACAUGUUGGUGUUUUAUUGUUUUUCCAUGUUGCAGGAUCAGUAAUGGAUCAGUUUAAUCUAUUUGAUUCCCAUUGCAUGAUGUAUCUCACUCUGUGUGUGAGUGUUUUGUGAGUGAUAGUAGCAGCUCACUAUCUAGUGUAGCCCAGAGCCUCAUAUUUGAAUAUCCAGAAUGGUUAUUCCAGAAGUAUUACUCAACAAUUAUUACUUACUCUCAACCUCACAAUUUAAAUGUAGAAUUUCCAUUGCUUUUUAGUCUAGAAUUUGGCUUAAUCUGUGUCCAGGAAACCGACCUUACAGGUGUGUGUUUUUAUUUUCAGUACAGUCUUUAAUUUGUGUUGGAUUUACAUCAUGCAGUUUGUCUUGAUCCACACAUGUUUUUAAUUGAAUAAUAUUGCAUAAGGACCUCCAAGCAUUUCUAUUUCCUCAACAUUUUGGGGGGGUUAUUUGCAUCUCAAGGUUUCACUGUAGAACCAGAUUGCUGAAGUAUUCAACUGUGUGUGUGUGUACUUCUCUCUCUCUCUCUCUCUCUCUCUCUCUUUACAUUUACAUUUUACAGCUACUUACAGUUAGUGAGUGCAUACAUUUUUCAUACUGGCCCCCCGUGGGAAACGAACCCACAACCCUGGCGUUGCAAGUGCCAUGCUCUACCAACUGAGCUACAGGGGACUCUUACUCUCUCUCACUCACUCACUCACUCACUCACUCACUCACUCACUCACUCACUCACUCACUCACUCACUCACUCACUCACUCACUCACUCACUCACUCACUCACUCACUCACUCACUCACUCACUCACUCACUCACUCACUCACUCACACAUACACACAAAUUCCUCUGUGGGAUGGGCCACUUAUUAGGUAGUCCUGACCUCUGUUGCUUGGCAACUGUCCCAUUAAUGUGGAUGCGCUCCCAAGCAAUGGAGUUGGCUCCAUUCCAAUCUAUGCUCCAGAAUGGGCCACAUGUCAUAUCAUACUACAGUGUAUUUAUUAUGUCUAUGUGACUGUGUGACAACUCUACAUGCAAAUUCCAACAUUCUAUGUGCUUAGAUGUACACUCCCUUGAAUAGGCAGUGUUUCAAAUGGAGAGCAGUUUCAGUGAGAUUAACUUUAGGUUGUUCUCUUAUGAAGUGUUUACUCCAUUUUUUGGUGCGUGUCUGUGUGUGUGUUCGGUAAUUUUUUUCCUCUGCCCCAGUUGCACUCCCACUGGGCACAGACGUCAAUUCAACGUUGAUUCAACCAGUGUGUGCCCAGUGGGUUGUGGAUGUUUGUCUUGCCUUGUCGCCCCUCUUUGUAAUUCAAAUGACUCCUCCCCUCUUUGGUUACAGGGGGAUAAGUAUGAACCCUCCCCCUAUUUGUGUGUGUGUGUGUGAAUAAUUGUGAUUGAGGUCUGUUUGCUGUCCUGUUCAUGAGAAAGCGGGGAACUAACUUCUAAAUAGAUCCAAUGUAUUUUUGACAAUUAAGUUCAUUGUGACAAUCUUGUUUUUUAACUAUAUUUUUUGGAGGCUGACAUUGAGUCUAAGUUUAGAAUGAGUAGUGGACAAAUGUAACUAAACAUAGCUUAAUAUAUUUUAUACUUAAUUUGUGUUUAUUUUGACACGCUCUGCACUCUGCGACAGCUGAGCAUCUCAGAGGGAGGUCACAUGACUCCAAUAUGACGAAUGAGGGACCGAGUCCCUUAUGCUGAAAGAGACAGAAAAGAAAGAAACAGAGAGGCUGAAACAGCCAUAAAGACAGGCAAAGUGUGAAAGAUAAAGAAAACAAGAGUUGGGGAAGAGAGAGAAAAUUGUGUGGCAUCCCAGUUGACAGGAGAGCAGCACAGAUAUCACCUGGUUGUCUGGGAAGAGGUGAGUUUGUAGAGCAUCUCUGCAUCUUUUUUGGAGAGAAUUUCACCAACAACAACAACUCUCUUUAGAUUAGAAGCAAUUGGUUAGUUGUUAGUAUAUUUUCGUCCUAUUGUUAGGAAAGCUGGGUAUGUUGGAAAGUGUGUGCAUGCGUGAGUGCGUGUGAGUCUUUGUCUAACUCCCCAUUGUUAAUGGGAGUUAUGCUAAUAAGGGUCUGGGGGUGCGGCUUGGAGGCUAAUAAAAAAGGUUGUAUUGUCCCUGGUCCACGUGCAUUUAGUGAUUCUUUCUCUUGCUUUGUGGUCAAUUAUUUACAAACAAAUUAUUGGAAGUGUUUGUUCAUAUAUUGAAUUGUGUCAAACACAUUUUCUUGAAAGUGUUUUAAUUCCUCAAUUGAGUAGAGUCCAUGGUUGUUUUAUUCAUGACUGGAUUAUUGUGUGUUUUUGGGUAGGCCUGCUUCAGACGAUGCUGGGAUGAUGGCCUCAAAUGAAGACGACACAGAUGGGUUGGAAAACAGACCAGGUUAUACACAUACACAUGCACCAGGCACACACUUUUCAACACACUUUUCAACACACUCAAGAAAAUACUGCAUCUGUGCAGUCACAGUUGUCAUUGAUCUGUGGGUCUAAAUACUUUCUCUUGACCAAUGGUGCGAGUGGGACAUGGAAUAUCUAUGUGACAACCAACGCCACUAGCAUCCUGCUACCAAUUUGUGGUAGAUAGAUUUACACUCAAAUAAGAAGUUAUUAUCUCAUCUCAUAGUCAUUCUAGUGUAUCAAUGUCUCUAAAGGUAUUGCUAUCUAUCCUCUCCACUAAUGCUAUUUUUUAAAAUGAUGUAAAUUGGUCUUGCAUCACCACUUACUGAUCAUGAAUUCAAGAACUUAUGAGGAAAUAUUCAUUAGCAUACAGAGAAACAUAUCACUAACAUAUUGUGAACAUUUGCCUUAGAUCCCCCUUCCUCACUGGAGCUGAAUGGGGCCAGUGUCCCACCCAGGAAGAAGCUGGUGGCCCCGCCCAUGAACGUGUCUCUGGACCGCAGCGAGGGCUCCGUCCUCUCUGACGACGCCCUGGAUACGGCUGACGACGCCUUGGAUACGGGCGAUGAUCUGGACAUCAACUUGGACGAGCUGGACACACCUGACGAGGCCGACUCCCUGGAGUUCAACGGACUAGGUGAGACACAUACACACACAUGCAUAUACACACACAUGCUCAUUAUACACACAUGAUACAGACAGACAGACAGACGGACAGACAGACAGACAGACAGACUAAAACAACCAUGGACUCUACUCAAUUGUUUGACACAAUUCAAUAUAUGAACAGACACUUUCAAUAAUUUGUUUGUAAAUAAUUAACCACAAACAAUAGAGAAAGACUCACAUGCAGCACAGGACAAAGUAAGACACCCAUACACUCACCCACACAUGUCGAGCAAGGUGUAUUUGCAUUUUUUUUUUCAUGAGAUGAAGUGAACACUGAAGUCUACUGAAGACUCGUCUAGCUGUAUUCAUAUGCUUCAUCAUGAUGUGUGUGAGUUAGGCCAUUAGAUAUAUAAUUAUUUUACCAACAGGUGACCCCCAGGGGUCCAAUCAGGAAACAGACAGGGAGCCUAGCGAGGCUAUCCCAGAAUACAGUGCAGAGGAGGAGCGACAGGACGCCAAACUGUGGAGGACAGUCGUCAUCGGGGAGCAGGAGCACCGCAUCGACAUGAAGUGUAUUGAGCCUUACCAAAGAGUCAUCUCUCAUGGAGGUACAAACACACACACACACUCCAAGUCGGAUUGAAGUCAGUCAAUUCAGGAAAUAAACAAUAAAAUAAAAUGGCAUCCAUUUUUAAUGAUUUUCCCAAUCAAUUGAAAAGGAGAAGCUAUUACGUUUUUAAAUGUUUGCAUUUUUAAUUCAAAUCACUUCCUGAAUUGAGUGCCUUCAAUUUCAAUUGACCCCAACCCUGACACACACAGACACACCUUUGCAUUGAAUAGCCUGUGAGUAUUCAGUAGACGCCUCCUCUUGAUGGGCCCACCCCAUCUCCUCCCUCUCCACAGGUUACUAUGGUGACCUGAAUGCCAUCAUCGUGUUUGCAGCGUGUUUCCUACCUGACAGUAACUGUGAUGAUUAUCAUUACGUCAUGGAGAACCUCUUCCUGUAAGUGCUACUGCUAUUGAUUGUGAUCAAGUCAUGGAUCCAUAAGCAUAUCAUGCAUGUACUGUAUCAUCAUGUAUCAUAAUGCUCUCAACAGUAUUGUGUGUGUGUGUUCAGGUAUGUGAUCAGCACUCUGGAGCUCAUGGUUGCUGAAGACUACAUGAUUGUGUAUCUGAAUGGAGCCACACCCCGCAGGAGGAUGCCUGGACUAGGUUGGAUGAAGAAGUGCUACCAGAUGAUUGACAGGAGGUAACAAGUCUCACACACAAACACACACACACACACACAUUUGUUUUUCUAUCCUUGUGAGGACCAAACAAUUGAUUCCCAUUCAAAAUCCUAUUUUCCCUAACCGCUAACCCUAACCCUAAACCUUUAACCUAACCCUAACCUUAAAGAAGUUUACCCAAAAUCCAGAAACUCUCAAGUGAUUCCAUACAUUGAAACUACUGCUGCAUUUGCCAUCUCCCCCCUCUCUCCCUGUAGUGCUGUACUGAAACAGCUGCAAAAACGGGUCACGUGACUUGUGACGUUGUUGGAUGCAGGCCUCACUAUGCUCUGUUGCCAGUGAAUUCAUGAUUCAGAAAUCUGUGAAGUUUGGACAAAUUCAUUGUUUUAUUGAAAGCAUAUGGCCAAAAGAGCAAUUUUUGUCAAAAGUACCAACAGUUUUGAGUUAGGAAAUGUGUACUUUUCCACCUAAAACUUUUGCGAUCAUUUUAUGUAGCCGACUGCCACAGCAGCCAGAUGUGUAACAACUGUGCAUGUGUGCUCUCGGGGGAAUCCCUGCUACGUAGAAACUGCACGUUAUGCCCUUAUUCACAGAUGCACGUUUUAUUCGGCGGAGAAGUGAAGACAGGGUUACACAUUAGUUAUACAAAGUAAACAACAACCUACAAAUACUGUAGCUCAGAUGGUAGAGCAUCGCGCUUGUAAUGCCAGGGUUGUGGGUUCGUUUCCAAUGGGGGGCCAGUAUGAAAAUGUAUGCACUCACUAUCUGUAAGUCGCUCUGGAUAAGAGCUGCUAAAUGACUAAAAUAUAAAAUGAUUAAACACUUGCGAUUGAUGAAGAAAACUACUGAAGGGGUGCCAAUGUUGUCGUCGAACCGUAUUUACAAUGUAUUUGAGCCUGAGUUUUCGGAUGAAGAAUUUAGACAAAUUGAGCUUCAGAUGGUCGCCUCCCUCUAGCCACCAAAGCUGCAGCAGUUGUUUCAAUGUAUGGAAUCACUAGGGAGUUUCUUUUUGGGGGGGUAAACUCCUCCUUUAACCCCUAACCCGAAACCUAACCCAAAUCCCUAAUUCUAACCCUAACCCUAAUUGUGACCCUAAACCUCUAAAAUAGCCUUUUUCCUUGUGGGGACCCGCAAAAUGUCCCCUUGUUUUACUAUCCUUGUGAGGACUUCUGGUCCCCACAAGCAUAGUAAACCAAAAAUACACACACACACACACACACAUGCAUACAGUACAUACAGACUCAUGCUUCAAUUCUCACUAACUCUUGUUUUCUUUUGUGUUUUCAUGUCUCAUGUCAGGCUCAGGAAGAAUCUGAAAUCCUUUAUCAUUGUCCAUCCGUCAUGGUUUAUCCGAACAGUGUUGGGAAUCAUCAGACCCUUCAUAAGGUGGAGAUACCCAUGCUUUCUCACACAUUUUACAGAAGAGCCCUGAAUUACAGAAAAUUACCAAAAUACAAACAUUAAAUAUGAAAUGCAAACAGAAACAAAACACGGUCAUAAAAAAAAAAAAAACAUUAUUCAGUAAUAAGGUCCUCAAUCAGGAAUCUGAAUUGCCCUAGAGGCACAAAUACAUCUAAUUUAAGAGAAUUUUGAAGAUUGUUCCACAAAUACGGUGCAAAUAAGAUGAUUUACUUAACUCUGUAAAGACCGAAGGAAUUUCCAGAGUUAGCCAUCCCUGAAACCGGGUGUGGUAACUCAUUUGUCUAAAGGUUAUUAAUGAUGUACAGCGGGAUUUUUGUAAAAGAGCUUUAUAAAUUAAAAGACAAUGUAUCAUACCAGAUACCAGAGUUUAGUAAGAUGGUGUCACAUACAAUGGCCUACAUUGUUCCGGUUGAAUGAUAUGUAGAGUAUUUUGAGUUAGUUACCCAUGUAUUAUACGAGAACUUUGUUUAUGUAAGGCGGAUUUUAAACUGGUUGAGUGACUUUAUAUCUCCCUGAUAUUUCAUAAAAAAUAUUAAGAUCUGUUUUUAUGUUUCAAUUAAGAGUUACAAGUAAGCUAUCAAAGUGCAUUUGGAAAGUAUUCAGCCCCCUUGACUUUACAACAAGUAUUCAGACCCUUUACUCAGUACUUUGUUGAAGCACCUUUGGCAGCGAUUACAGCCUCGAGUCUUCUUGAGUAUGACGCUACAAGCGUGACACACCAUUAUUUGGGGAGUUUCUCCCAUUCUUCUCUGCAGAUUCUCUCAAGCUCUGGCAGGUUGGAUGGGGAGCGUCGCUGCACAGCUAUUUUCAGGUCUCUCCAGAGAUGUUAGAUUGGGUUCAAGUCCGGGCUCUGGCUGGGUCACUCAAGGACAUUCAGAGACUUGUCCCAAAGCCACUCCUGCAUUGUCUUGGCUGUGUGCUUAGGAUCGUUGUCCUGAUGGAAGGUGAAAUUUGCCCCAGUCAGAGGUCCUGAGCGCUCUGGAGCAGGUUUUCAUAAAGGAUCUCUCUGUACUUUGCUCUGUUAAUCUUUUCCUCAAUCCUGACUUGUCUCCCAGUCCCUGCUGCUGAAAAACAUCCCCACAGCAUGAUACUGCCACCACCGUGCUUCACCGUAGGGAUGGUGCCAGGUUUCCUCCAGACGUGACGCUUGGCAUUUAGGCCAAAGAGUUCAAUCUUGGUUUCAUCAGACCAGAGAAUCUCGUUUCUCAUGGUCUGAGAGUCCUUUAGGUGCCUUUUGGCAAACUCCAAGCGGGCUGCCAUGUGCCUUUUUACUGAGGAGUGGCUUCCGUCUGGCCACUCUACCAUAAAGGCCUGAUUGGUGGAGUGACGCAGAGAUGGUUGUCCUUCUGGAAGGUUCUCCCAUCUCCACAGAGGAACUCUGGAGCUCUGUCAGAGUGACCAUCGGGUUCUUGAUCACCUCCCUGACCAAGGCCCUUCUCCCCCGAUUGCUCAGUUUGGCCGGGCGGCCAGCUCGGAAGAGUCUUGUUGGUUCCAAACUUCUUCCAUUUAAGAAUGAUGGAGGCCACUGUGUUCUUGGGGACCUUCAAUGCUGCAGAAAUGUUUUUGUACCCUUCCCCAGAUCUGUGCCUCGACACAAUCCUGUCUCUGCGCUCUACGGACAAUUCCUUCGACCUCAUGGCUUGGUUUUUGCUCUGACAUGCACUGUCAACUGUGGGACCUUAUACAGACAGGUGUGUGCCUUUCCAAAUCAUGUCCAAUCAAUUGAAUUUACCACAGGUGGACUCCAAUCAAGUUGUAGAAACAUCUCAAGGAUGAUCAAUGGAAACAGGAUGCACCUGACCUCAAUUUCGAGUCCCAUAGCAAAGGGUCUGAAUACUUAUGUAAAUAAGGUAUUCGUGUUUUUUAAUGUCCAAAGAAAUGUCUCAAAAACUGUUUUCAGUUUGUCAUUAUGGGGUAUUGUGUGUAGAUUGAUGAGUAAAACAUAUAUUUAAUCAAUUUUAGAAUAAGCAUGUGGAAAAAGUCAAGGGGUCUGAAUACCUUCCGAAUGCACCGUAUAACAAGUAAUAAUGCAUUUGAUCAACCUGUCAGCUUUAAGUUAAGUGUCACCAAAAGUUGUUCUUCUAUCAUGCCUUUGUCUUGCACCCCACUAUUCUCUGCCACCAAUCCACCUUUCUCACAACUGCUCUAUCUCUCUCUCUCUCUCUCUCUCUCUCUCUCUCUCUCUCUCUCUCUCUCUCUCUCUCUCUCUCUCUCUCUCUCUCUCUCUCUCUCUCUCUCUCUCUCUCUCUCUCUCUCUCUCUCUCUGUCUCUGUCUCUGUCUCUGUCUCUGUCUCUGUCUCUGUCUCUCUCUCUCUCUCUCGCUCUCUUCUCUCGCUCUCUCUGCAGUUCUAAGUUCAGCAGUAAGAUAAAGUAUGUGAACAGCCUGGCGGAGCUACGAGAGCUAAUUCCAAUGGAGUAUGUGAACAUCCCUGAGAGCAUUAUC